GGCUUCCUUCAUCGCACUCACCCGGACCGCCUCCCCUUCUCCAGCGUCCGAUCCCCAUUCCCCACCUCCCUUCCCCUCUCCGCGGCCACCACCUCCUCCCUCUCUCUCUCCUCCCUUUCUCUCCCCUCCCCGCCUCCGCACGCGCGUUUUUUAUAAGGGUUUUGGUGGCGGCCGGUCUCCGGCGAUGGCGGACGAUAGCGGGAGCCACGAGGGCGGCGGCGGCGGAGGAGGGAUGAGGGAGCAGGACAGGUUCCUGCCCAUCGCCAACAUCAGCCGCAUCAUGAAGAAGGCCGUGCCGGCCAACGGCAAGAUCGCCAAGGACGCCAAGGAGACCCUGCAGGAGUGCGUCUCCGAGUUCAUCUCCUUCGUCACCAGCGAGGCGAGCGACAAGUGCCAGAAGGAGAAGCGCAAAACCAUCAACGGAGAUGAUCUUCUCUGGGCGAUGGCCACGCUCGGAUUUGAGGAGUACGUGGACCCACUCAAGAUCUACCUACAAAAGUACAGAGAUAUGGAGGGUGAUAGUAAGUUGUCUACAAAAGGUGAGGGCUCUGUAAAGAAGGACGCAAUUAGUCCCCAUGGUGGCACCAGUAGCUCAAGUACCCAGUUGGUUCAGCAUGGAGUUUACAACCAAGGGAUGGGCUAUAUGCAACCUCAUUAUCACAAUGGGGACACUUAAAACUGAAGAUAGCGGCAAUUUUCUGUGGUUAUCCAUCUGCUAGGGAAGUCGCCCUCACAUUAGGUCCAUGUUUAUUGGCAGAAAACUGAAGCACCUAAAAAGAGUGCUUAACUUUUGCGAUGGCUGCCUCUCAGAUGUAAAUUGCUUCCUUGAGAAUAGCGUCACCUAUGGUUUAGUGCUUGCUUUUGUCUGUAUAUUCAGAAUGAUUUGACCGUUGCUAUUUUGGCAACCUUCUACAUUCACAUCUGUAUUAUGAAGCAUAAAUCUACUGUAGUCAUCCUAGGCUCGAAUAAUGCUGAUUAACAUACAAUUCUACUA